AGCUGUCAUUGUGGAACAACACUAGUGGUUUGUGUGGAGAACAUAUCAUUUAUCGCUCCAGCUAAGAAGACGUGUCACACUUAUUCAAUAGCCCCAAGACAACUGGACAAAUCAACAAACCAGGGCGAAUUACGUUAACUUUGCAUUUGUGGUAUACAUGGAACCAUACAAUUUACAACGUUGGAUCGUAUUUGUGCUGGUAUUUGUGGAACUGCCCAUGGCUGCGGAAGGAGCCAGAUUACGGAAAACGGUGCCGACUCCCACUUCGUCAUGGCAGCGCCAGGCAUGCGAUGCAAAAGAAGGCAAGCAAGCGGUGCACUUCACGUGUACGCCCGAUGGCCAAAUCCAAUGUUUCGAAGGGUGGACGGGUGACUUGUGCAAUGUCCCCAUUUGCAAGAAAGGCUGCGAUCCCCUGAAUGGACACUGCAAGUUACCAGGAGAAUGCCGCUGCAAGUUAGGAUUUUCUGGUGAACUUUGCCGCGAUUGCGCUUUGUUGCCCGGAUGCGUUCACGGGACGUGCAACAAGAGCUUCGAGUGCCAAUGCAAACCAGGAUGGACCGGCCUCUUUUGUUCUCAAGGUACCGACCAUUCUAUGAAGAACCAACAGGUUGCUAACCGGAAGCUUCUUGAUUUCUUGUCCUCAUUCCGAAGAUCGAAACCCGUUCAAUAAACUAUUGUCACGACA